AUGCGACUUCGGAAUUUCCGGAGAACAAUGCCUCAGUCAUUCCUCCGCAAUUCUUUCGAGCAGCUGACCUUCCACUCGGGCUGGGUUGUUCAUUUUCUCGAGCUCAUUGAGACUAAAAGCUUCGAGGUAUCUGACCCGACCAUAGGGCAAUGCGUGGCAAUUGUUGCUACGAUCUAUCUUCAACAUAGUUUUGUUGAGGAUCAAGCUUUUAACAGAAAGGCGCAAACGGGAUUUGAGAAAUGUCUCAGAUUCCUACGCAACAUGAGUCGUCGGUGGCCACACAUCGAUCGCCAGGUCCAACAGCUCCAACAACUCCGAGACAGCGUUUCCGCUGGAGGCCUUAUGACAGACAGUAUCGCCCCAGGAGGAACACAUUCUCGUCAAAAGUGGUCUGUGAACUUGCAGCUGUUAUGGAAGAUCUUAGUAUAUGCCCAUGCAAGCAAUAUAUCAGAUCCUGCUAGCGACAUCUUCGGCCCGGAACUUGCCAAAGACAGUGUUGGAUGCUCAGGGGACCCUUCCGCAGGCGCUAUCACCGAACGUGAUUUCGCUUUGAUUGGAUCCGCUGGAAUUUCAGGUCACAAGACAGUGGCUUCCGAGUGUGUCACCUACCCACCCGAGCAGACUGAGGAUCCCAUACGAGCGCCGAGUCAAACCUCACCGAGGAUGGACUUUUCGGGGCUUCCGGGAGAUCCCAAUAUGGAGUUUAGCGGUGGUGACACGUUGUUCCUCCAGCUCCAAGAUUAUGGGAGGGCAUUUGAGGAUUGGCUAAGUGUUAAUCCGACGUCUACGGGUGAGGUUGGAAUUUAG